AUGGCGAGCCAGUUAGGUCAAAGAGUCCGGUUGGUGAAAUGCCCAAAGUGCUUGAAGAUUCUUCAGGAAGACGAAGAUGUUCCAGUUUAUCAGUGUGGUGGCUGCUCCGCCAUUCUUCAAGCGAAAAGACGGAGCAUUGCUCCAAACAUUACACCAAGUGAAGGAGAAACAGAGGGGGCUCAAGCCAGUAAGCCGCAAAGCGACUCUGAAACCAACAAUGUGUCCACCAGCUCAGGACAAGACACUGCUCUUCCUUCCUCUCCGGUGCGUUCUCUGAGCCAAGAGUCUAUGGAGAAGGGUCGGAAUGUAUCCAUGGAGUCAAUGGAGAAAGAGCUUGAUGACUUAAAGAUAUCUCAUGGAGAUAAAACAAAUGAAAUCCAAGAAGAGGAAUGUUCACUUGGUGAUUCUGACAAGAAUGAAAGAGAUGAAGACAACUCCAGCAGAUUGAAAUCCGUGGCAGAAGCUACACGACCAGGGACAAGCUCAGGAAGCUUGAGUGCUGAUCAUCUGGUGGCUGCAAGAGCGAGUGGUUCGUCCAGUGAUGCUUACAACAAGCUAGAAGCUGAGAUCUCUCCUGAUGCUUCUCCUUUAGAAGAAGAGCAAAACGAUGACGAUUACAGUUUUCACCCUCACAUGGAGUCAACAGAUGAUCUUCCUGCAAACAAGACCUCUUCAGCUUAUGACGGGUGUGAGUCUUCCUCUGACGAAAGAGAAGACCAACUUCUCGACGAAAACGAAACCUGGAAUGCUCUUCAGAAAAUAAGAUCGGGCAAAUUCGAGAUGCAGCAGAGAUCGUACCCUGAAGAUUUCAAGGAGCAAGGCGGCGCUAGUUCCUCGUCCACUUUCUUUGAGAAGAGGCGCAAUGGGACUAACACAUACGAGAACAGGUCUCUGCAACUUGAGGGACCAGGAGGGCGUCUUGGAAGACAAGGGAGGAGACCUGUAACAGAACAACUUCGGCCUGACAUGCCUUUCUAUCCGAGAGACCCAUACACACGCGUAAGCCCUUCAUAUCAAUCGCCUGAUCGCUAUUCUCGUGCACACUCGCUUCAAAUGCCUCCAUACGCUGGACGAACGAACUACGAGAGUGUUGAUUAUAUGUAUCACAACAACACAAUGGCAAGAGGUCGAGGCCAAGGAGCUAGGUUCUCAGGAGAGAUGGCCAAUGACAGAAGAAACCAUGGACCCGGUUGGUAUUCAGCUCAGCUUCAUAAUACCUACAGUUCAUAUUCUGCAAGUCCACAAAGGCCAAUGGAUCAACCUGAGUAUCAUCCGAGGUGGAGCCACGAGAUGUUCUCUGAUGCGGAGGAUCAUCAUCAGCGUAAUAGACAUGAGUUACAGAACCGUCGGCUAAUAGAGAGACAACGUGUGGCCAAGCGUCAUAUCCGUCCAACAGCUGGUGGGGCUCCUUUCGUUAGCUGCUACAUUUGCUCAGAGAACCUACAGCUCCCUGUAGACUUUCUCAUCUUCAAUAGGAAGCAUCAUCUUCUCAGAUGCGGCACUUGCACCACUGUUCUCAGAUUCUCACUUCAGUCCAGAACUCAUUUAGUUCCUGACAUAAACGCUGACAGAAGUAGCAAUUCAACAUCAGAGUCUCCUAGAGACAGAGCUCCUUCCAAACCCGAAAACCCGAGCUCCUCUGCUCGGGAAGAGGAGGUACCUGUGUCUAGAGGCUCUCCGCUUCAUCGGCUGAUGGGAUAUUCUACCGUUAGCCAAGUCUUUAAAGCUUCCCAGCGUCCUCCUUCAGUGUAG